AUACGUUAAAUACCAAGUUGAACUUGUAGCCAUGUGAGGCCAAUAAUAGAGUACUAGCUAUCGCCUCCCUCGCAGUUAUCUCCAGACACCGCGACUCUGCGGUUCGUCGAGUCGUUUCAAACACGGAUUUCUAAAAGUAGACUGAAUAACAACCAGCGUAACGAAUGUUGGAAAUAUUGACAUUUCAUCCAAGAGUUCGAAACGUGAUGUGCGAACUGAGUAAACAAAAUUUUUCGUUACAACUAUAAGGAAUAUCGUCGAAGUUCGAUUAGUUUUACUUGUUAAAAAAUGGUUCUGUCGCUCGGAGUUUUUCUUAUUUUGUUUACAACUUUUUUGUACCUGUUGCAUUAUGUUGUCAGAGGCGGGAGAAAAGGUGAACUGAUCGAUAAAAUACCAGGUCCGUACGCCUGGCCGUUUAUAGGUAACAUCGGAAUGUUCAUGGUGUGCCCUGAGGAAUUAUGGAAUUUAUCCCGUAAACUGAACAAGGAAUACUAUCCAAUCAAUCGUAUUUGGAGUGUCAAAGUUCCAGUGAUUAAUGUUUAUCAUCCGGACGAUGUUGAGGCUUUACUUUCGAACAUCAAACACAUCGAGAAAAGUUUGUUGUACAAUUUUCUUCAUCCUUGGUUGAACGCCGGUCUUCUGACGAGCAAAGGAGAAAAAUGGCACGAUCGACGGAAGAUUCUAACGCCGGCUUUUCACUUCAACGUACUGCGACAGUUUGUUCCAAUUUUUGUCGAGCAGAGUGAAAAACUGGUAAAAUCCAUCUGCCUCGAGAGUGACGAAAAAGUUUACGAUAUCGUACCACUUCUUCACAACUUCACGUUGAAUUCAAUUUGCGAAACUGCGAUGGGCACCUCAUUCGACCAGGAACACGAUGUGAAGGACGAAUACAGAUCCUGCGUUUCCCGCAUGGGCGGUAUCACCCUCCAUCGAUUGACUAGACCCUGGCUGCAUAUGGACUGGUCUUUCAAGUGGUCGCAAAUGUUCAAAGACCAAGUUGAAGCACUCAAAGUACUUCACGGUUUCUCAACGAAGAUCAUCAAAGAGCGCAAGCAAUACCACGAAGAAACAGGUGGACGUUAUUUGAAGGGGCUGGGUUUUGAAACCGGAUCUAAUGUCUACGGCUUCGAGGGGGAAGGUUUCGUCAAAGGAAAACGACGUCUGGCUAUGCUCGACCUUCUGAUCUCAGCAUCGAAACAGAACGCCAAUAUAGACGAUGAAGGAAUAAGGGAGGAGGUGGACACUUUUAUAUUCGAAGGACACGAUACCACGGCUAUGGCACUGGCCUUCACUCUUUUAUUACUCGCCGAAAACAAGGAGGCCCAGGACAAAGCACGGGCUGAGGUUGAUGAUAAAUUCGACGAAAGUGAAGAAGGAAAGUUAACUUUAAAAGACAUUCAGAGCUUGGUGUAUUUAGAAAGGUGCAUAAAAGAAUCGUUGAGAUUGUUCCCGAGCGUACCUUUCAUAUCUCGACAUGUUUCCGAAGAAUUGCGGCUCAAGAAUUAUACCGUGCCCGGUGGUAGUAUCGUUCAUGUCCACAUAUUCGACGUUCAUAGAGACCCAAAUUUUUGGCCCGAUCCGCUGGUCUUUGAUCCGGAUAGAUUUUUACCCGAUCAAGUUCAAGGGCGCCACCCAUUUGCAUUUGUACCUUUCAGUGCCGGUCCACGUAACUGUAUAGGGCAAAAAUUUGCGAUGUUGGAGUUGAAGUCGUUGAUAGGAUAUUUUUUGCGAACAUUUUAUUUUGAGCCAGUGAUGUCGUCCAGUGAGGUGAGAAUUCAACCGGAUUUAGUCCUCCGUCCUAUAACUCCCAUUCGUGUAAAACUUGUUAAGAGGUCACAUGAUUGAGAAGGACGAUCAUACGAAGAUGUGUUUUUUAAAUUUGAAAUAUGUUUCUCAUACCUUGAUCCAUGUUCGCAUCGACGAAUAAACAUUAUCUAUGUUGCGAAGUCGGAUCCGUUCGAGACACGAGACGAAAAACAAGAUAACUAAUAAUACUUUUGCGUUUUACAGAACAUCUGGUAUAUCAACAAUAUUAAUAUCGUAUGAAUUCUUUGAACUAUAUGAUCGAUUGUGAAAUAAUAAAAUGGAAUAAAUUGUCGUAGAUGAUUCUCUAUAGUCUA